AUGAGACUCAUGAAAUACCUCUCAAGCUUCCUCUGCGCUUCUCAAUCAAUCAUCCCCUCACCAGCUUCCACGACAAACUUCACGCUCCAAGUGUGGCUCGACAAGUUCCCCCUUAAUCACCAAUACAUCUCAUGGUUUCCCAUCCCCGACAAGCCUGGCCGCGGCUACUUCGGUAUCCCAAUACGGAGUCCAGCAGAGCCGCUCCCCGUAGACGACCGCGCAGUCUUCACAAUUAACAGUCCCUCUCCAGGAUCACUAUUUUUUUCGUCAACGAAACUAGGCAAUCAGAAUAACUUCGUCUUCGUCCAGCAAAGCGGCGAGGUUGAGUACGGCGCAGAGAUUCCUGUAGAGUUCUUCGCGCCAUACAUGGGCAAUUUCACGACGGUUGAUUUCACGCAUUGGCCUGACCUGGAGACUAUUCAUGCUUUGGAUUUCACUCCACCGGAGUUGGUUCUUGGUAUGUUUCUGGCUUGUCCAAGAGAACUUGGUCAUGGCAAGGAGAAAGGAUAUCGCUUAAUGGCUAUGACUCGAAUGUUCAGGCAUCCUGGCUGUAUUACUCUUGAUUGGCUGGUUCAAGAAGAUAUCAAAGAGGAGAGCAUUGACAGUGGGGAUUCAGAACCUGCUGCGGACGGUCGAGGUUUGUAG